UCGUUAAAAAAAGAAGUGGACUGGGGAGGUGGUGCGACCGAAGACAAGAAGAGUUCCAUAGAAAACUACUCGGAGUAUUCAAGACAUCCUCAUGAUUCGAGUGCAGUCGAGGUGGAACGUUGUUUGGCGUCUCCAUGUAUGGAAAGGCCGUCGAGUACACAUAGUAGUAGAUCAUCUACUCCAUUCGCUUUUCCUAUACCUUCUAUGGCCACUUCCCUACUUGAAGUUGGCUUAGUCCAUCCUGCACUUCUGGGCGAAGAGAUAUUUAGGUGUACAAUAUGUAUGGCUGCAUUUCCCUCUGUAUGGCUACUAGAGCAGCAUACAGCCCUACAGCAUUUGGGGGUCCUUGGAGCUGUUGACAAACCGUUCAUUUGCGAUCAAUGUGGUCAAAGUUAUCGGUAUCGCUCUGCAUAUAUAAAACAUCGCGAACAGAACCACAGAGCCAGAUUGCCGGCUGAUAAAUUAUUCUCUUGUGAUGUUUGCGGAAUGCAAUUUAGAUACCUGAAGUCUUUCAAGAAGCAUCGUUUAAACCACGCGCUUGAGCGACUUCACGGUAAGAACUCGGAAAUUACUGUUAACGAAAAUAAAAGUGACGCCGUAACAGAUUCGCAGAUGGAAAACAGUAGUGAUCAUGUCUCAAGUUCUAAUGAAGGCAUUAGUGGCAAUGAUGUCGAGACUAUCUCCAUUAAAAAAGAAAACACAAGUGAUGAUGUUGGCGAGGGUAUGUCUUCGGACUUGGAAAAAACAGAGGUUGAACAAGAUGAUACUAUCGAUUCAGUUGUUUCUUCAUUAGCCGUCCCGAGCGGUAGUGCAGUAGAUGCAGUUAAUAAUACUCAAGACGCGUCUCUGUUAAGCCUUCUUCGUUCAGACGCCGCAGAUCAUCAAAGGGAACGAAGAUUCGCUUGCCCUUUCUGUGGAAAGUGCGUAAGAUCCAAAGAAAAUUUAAAAUUACACGUGCGAAAGCACACUGGAGAGAGGCCAUUUGUCUGUUUAUUCUGCGGUAGAGCGUUUGGUGGAAAAAGUGAUCUUACACGCCAUUUACGUAUACAUACAGGAGAACGUCCGUACCACUGCGACAUGUGCGGUAAAUGCUUCGCUCGAGCUGAUUAUCUUUCGAAACAUCUUACCACUCACAUUCAUACCCCCCGCUGACACAGAAGUUACCAAACUCGAUCAAUGUUGUAAGUUUUUUUGCUAGUCAGAUUGUAGUCAAUUGUUAGGCAUCAAAUAGGAAAAAAUGAGUAAGAUAUAUGACGUUAAUUGAACGCUGACGAAUUAUAAAGAAUGAAGUGGUGUCAUUUUUUACAUCGAAUAUUAUGAUAAAUUUUAAUACUUUCUAGUAUAUUGUGCCAAAUGGAUGUACCUCAUAUUUUAUGAUAACUUGUGUGUAAAUUGUUAACUAUACACAUACUCAAAUUUGAUGUUUGAUGUUGUUGCAUGAUCUUAAAUGUUUAACAUCGAUCCCUGCCUCAAUGUAUUCAGAUAUUUAUUUUUUAUACAUGUACAAAAUAUUCUGAGCAUCUAAUGCCAUACUCAUAAUAUACUGUCCGCUGUUUACAGCAAGCUCAACACAAUCAAAGGUACCUACAAGCGCCACUUCUGUAACGAAUUUUUCAAAAAGAUGUUAAACAUUUACUAUUUUUAUUCCCUUUGUUGUUAAAAAAUUUUUAAUGAAACGUAUAGUAUGUAGUUAUCAUUAACUUUAGGGCAAAUUUGAGUGUAAUACUCAAAGUAUGUAAGAUGUAAAUUCAAACAGGGCAUCGGGAUCGCUUUAAGCAUUGAAGCUAAGUUUAUUUUUGAAUGGUACACAUCGAAAGCAAGUUUUCCUUUUUUUAUGAUCAUGAUUAUUUGUGAUUGUUUCCCGGUUUUGUUAGUAAGACUCUCAGUACGUAAAAAUGCUCAGUAAGCUAUUUUUUAUGUUUGAAGAGCUGUCAGUAGAUUUCUUCUCUGAGGAAAAGAAAACUGUAGACACCGGUUGGUGUAACUACAAUCAUUUGCAUCUCAUUUAUGCUUUCAAGUGAAAUCGAAACCCUGUAUUCGCAUCAUACAUAUUAAUGAUUGCUUUAAUUAUAUUUUUGUUCAGCGAAAUUUUAUAAAUGUGCCUUUCAUUCAAACUAAGUUUGUCCUAAACGUUACAAAGAGUCCUUCCGCAUAUAUGUGCCAGGCAUUAAAAAGAUAUUUUUGCCUCCAUAUAAGUAAAUAUUAGGGGGAUAAACUGCAUGUUCCUAUUGAAACCGAAAAAUUAAAUAAAAAAUUCAUGAUUUUGGACUAACGGUGUAAUAUUACACUUCGUAUUUAGUUAUUGUAAUUAUGAAAAGUGUGGAGUAGAGAGCUACCAUAUAAAAUAUAUCCUUUGCGUUUUUUUUUACUUCAAUUGCAAUUCCCAAUAUCUUACACUCGUAAUGCUUGCAGAAUAUACUUCCGUUUAAUAUCUCGAAUAUGAAAGACAAAAAGAACGACGGUCGAAUAUUUUCUCUAUUUUUCUUAUUUUUAUUUAACAUCCUAAAUUCCAAAAAAAAAACAUUCUUUGCAAAAAUCUCACGCUGUCUUUAGGUAUUACAUUUGUUGGGUGAUUUCAGUUUAGUACCCCUAAAAGGUUAUAUGUAAUUAGAUUAUUGCAUACUCCUAUAAAAGUCGUCGUACUAAAAUGUUUAACCAUAACCAACAUAGUCUAUUAAUCUGAAUAUUUUAUUUUUAAUUUUGAAUUGAAAUACAAAAAUGCAUUUAAACAAAAAAGUAGUCCUUCCUAAGUGUUUUUAUUACAGACAGAAACUGAAAUAGGAGUUUCCGCACAGGUUAUAUUCCUAUAUAUUUUUCCACCAAAUAGCUCUCCCAAAGUGCACCUGUAGUCCUUUCCCAAAAAAUUACUUUAAA